AUGUCAGCCGCCGAGCGCGUCGGCCAGCUCUUGGGCAACGACAUCGCCGGGCGCGUCAUCGAGUGCUUCGACUUCUGCCUCAUCCAAAGUCGCGUCGCGGCGUGCGUGAGUGUGCGCUGGAGCACCUUGGCGGUGCAGCGGCGGGAGCUUAUAGAGAACGCCUUCUGGGACGAGCCGGGACCGGACGCGGUCGCUGAGGCCCAUGUUAGAAUGGAUGACUUUAACGAUAGCAUGGAGGAGACGAUUGCUCAGAACGCAGCGGCCGUGACGGCCGCGUCGCAGGGUGACCCGGUUGCCGAUCACCUGCGGCGCUUAGGCCGCACACGAGGAGCGCAUGUCGUCGACGCUGGCGAGUCGAGUGUCGCGAGCUACGUCACGUAUGCCGAAUAUCUGCCCACGAACGGCCACAAACAUCGCGUGCUCAUCGUCGCGCGGGACGAGGACCUCGGCAAAUGGGUCGCAGCGUUUAGUGGAAAGCCUUACUACCGCGGCGACUUCGACGCGUGCCCAAACUUCGCGGAGUAUGACUACGACGCGGCCGAGCCCCUAGACGUCUACGUGUGCUCCGAUGAAUGCAUUCGCCGGCACUGGGACGCAUUUUUUGCGAUUAACUCCGAUCCAAACCAACCCAGUCGCCCCCGCAUGGCAAUCGUCGUCGACGCCGGCGCGGGAAACGCCCACACGAUCAUGCCGUUGAUAAGCCUCGACCUCAACCGAAUUGCUGGCAGCUGCCACGUGGUGUCGAAGCCGCUGCCGCCGGCGGGGAUGCCCCGUAUCGUUAACGGUGCGGGGCCGGGCCUCGACCUCGUGGAGGCUCUCUUUCGCCUGCACUGGGUGAACCCGCUGAUGGCGGAUUUGGUGGUCGAGCCGCUUCUGCGACGAACCGGCCCGGACCGGCCGUUUACAGCGGGCGGGGAUGGCCCGCCGGGCGUCCUCCAUCCGCCGGGCGAACCGGUCCUCCGGCCCGGGCUCGCCACGACGGACGACGCGGAGAGGGGACGGUACAAGUUCCUCUGGGAGGUCAUUCGGAUCGACAUCUGCGAGCGCCUCGUCGAGGAGUACUACCACAUCAACGUGCCGGCGGCUUUGGCGGAAGGCUCUUGA